UGCUGCCUUCAGCUGAGCCUGCCUGGUGUGGGGAGAGCAUUAAUGGGACCUCCAGGAAGACCUUCAGCUGAAGAAUUGUGUCACAGUGUCUAGUAGACCUGCAUUUCAAGUAUGUUUGUAAGAUCUAGUCUGCCUCUGAGUGCCUGGGCUGCCAUUACUGUGGAAAAGCCUUCUUUACAAUCUCUCUUCAUAAAGCGGACAACACCACAGUUAUGAUAAAACUGAGACCCGGUCUUUCACCAAGCUGUCGAAUCCACGUGAAAAAUGUCAUCCGGUCUGAACUCAAGAUAAAGCCUGGGGAGAAUGUGACUUUCACUUUCACCUGUAGGACUCCAGAGAAGUAUUUCAUUGCAGAAAUUCAAAAAAAUAUUGACUGUAUAUCAGGCCUGUGUCCCUUUGGAGAUGUCCAUCUUUACCCACCGGGGCUACCUCGCCUUAACAGGACUUAUAUCUGGGACGUGAAGGCAAGUACAAAAGCUGGACUUGAACUAAAAUUUUCUACCUCGUGGCUGAGACAGAUUGAACCAGGAGAGACAUGCCCAGAUUCCAUUAGCUACAACAUCAACAGCUGUAUUGAUAAGGCCACGGUCAACAUUGGCACCUUCUGCAGGAAUGGCUCCGUGUCUCGUGUCAAGUUGCUGGGAGGAGUUGUCAUGUCCCUGCACCUCCCGUGGCACUCGCCUCUCACCACCUCAGGCUUCAACAUAGCCAACAGGGCCUCCAUAAAAAGGUUAUGCAUCAUUGAAUCCAUUUUGAAGGCGGAAUCUUCAAUCACCCUGAUGUCCCCUAACUACCCGCUGGGCUUUCCAGAAGACGAGCUCAUGACGUGGCAGUUUGUGAUUCCUCCCAACAUGAGAGCAAGCGUGUUCUUCCACAACUACAGCCUCUCCAACUGCGAAAGGAAGGAGGAGAGGGUGGAGUACUACAUCCCUGGCUCCCCCAGCAACCCGGAGGUGUUCAAGCUGAGCGACAGCCAGCCUGCCAAUAUUGCUGGCAGUUUCAACAUGUCCCUGCAGGGCUGUGAUCAGGAUGCCCAGAACCCGGGCGUUCUUCGCCUGCUCUUCCAAGUCGUCGUUCAGCACCCGCAGGUUGAUGAGAAUGUAACCCAUUUGGUCGACCUGAGCAAGGAGACAAACAUGACUGUGACGAUACACUUGGAAGGGUGGCCCAGCCACGUCCCCCUCAUGUCUGACCCCGUAUGCCUGAUCUGCAAGGAUCCUCGCACCUGUGACCGUGUCUUGACUUUAACCUCUGGUGCUGUCUACAGGAUCUCCUUUCUCUGCAAGGACUUGUCCCGGCUGAGGAUCACGGCUGAAAAAGGCAUAGGCUGUAUGGAUAUUCGUUGGUGUCAGGGGAAGAUCUAUUCCCUUUCAGUGCCCAAGACUAUUACCCAACUGCCAAUUCAACUGCAUAAAUUUAUUUGGAAGCUCUUGGCUACCGAUCUGAUCAAUGUAGAAAUUACGUCUCCGUUCCUGAAACUUCAGCAACGCGUCUCAGAGCAGAGGUGCAACACGAGCUACAGUUACAGGAUUGUUAGUGCCGCCCCAGAGACAAAGAUGAAUGUUGGUGUAUUCUGUCCUGGUGGAUCUAUUGAAAAGAUUCAGAUGAGGAAUAACAUCACCAUAUCCUUAGAAACGCUUGGUAAAGGAUUCACCAAUGAGUCUAUACCUCAGGAUCUGCAAAUGUCUUUUGUGCCACAUAUUAAAGAUGAGUGCACGUUCACCGUGAGUCCAAAUCCAAAAGCUAAAGUUUACCUGCAGACUCCCAACGAGCGUUACGGUUUGCCUCCUUAUGUUUCUGUGUCCUGGUUCAUCGUUGUGCCCAGCAAGCAAACUGCCCGCCUCGGGUUCUCCAAGGACCGCAUGGGCCUUGCCUGUGAGACGGGCCGUGCCUACAUCAACAUAAAGGAAGAGACUCCGGGAGCAGAGGAGAUCGUGCGCCGCGAGGAUGAGCUCCUGCCCCAGCCCCGAAACAUGCACCACAACUUCUGGGUCAAUGUCUCCAACUGUAAACCCAUGGAUAAGACACAGCUGACCUUGCAGUUCUGGGUGACUUUUGCUGACAAGAAAAUAGACCUUGGAAUCAUACUUGCUGUGGUGGCCGGGGCUGGAGUUCUCACAGCGAUUGGACUGACCGUGUACUGUGUUAAAAAGAAAAAGAAGAAAACCCAGAAUCCCAUGGUGGGAGUGUACAAUGCUAACGUGAAUACCCAGGUGCCUGGGAAAAAAGGCUUAUUCAGAAAAGGGAGGCAAAACAAUGAGUCUCAUGUCUAUGCAGUUAUUGAUGAUGCUGUGGUCUAUGGACACUUGCUGAAGGAGUCCAAUGGCUCAGUUGCUCCGGAAGUCGAUGUGUACCGACCUUUUGAUGGACCCAUUGGUAGCUUGCCACCUUCUCCACCUCCAUUCUCCUUCAGAAAAGACAUUAAACGCUCUUCUAACACUGAGGAGGAACCUCUGCCUCUGACGGACACAGACCAAGACACUUACACAUUUGCUCAUCAAAAAUUAGGGCAAUCAGAGGACAAUGGAGAUGCAAAUAAAAAGAAUAAGGGAGAUACAAGUGUGCCCUUGCUGGAAAAGAAGGAACAGGAUGGUUUAGUGGAGUAAUUCUAUGCCAGGUAUAGCAGUUUCCUGUGGAAACACAGGUGUAAGGACAGUGCCCUAGGAGAGAAACACACUGAAGAGGAGUGUUAUUUUAAAUAUGUUUUUAUGGUGUUUUGUUUCCUGUGUGUGCUUUCAGUUGUUUUUUGUCCUUUUUUUAAAACUUCAGCCGUUGAUGGCUUUCAGUUUUAAAGUGAACACUUAGCAAACUCCAUACCAGUCAGGACUCUCCUGGACUGGUGGUGGAACAAGUGCCAAAGGUGUGCUUCUGCUGUUUACUGUAAGGGCAUCAGGAAAAUCAAUUCCUAACCACCAGCUUAAAACUGGUCACUGAUAGUGGGGAGAGAUUUCUGUCCAGGGUUUCCUCCUCUCACAAGCCAUUAUUUGUCUGAGUGUUGGUUGGUGACUCCUAGAAGAUGCAGACAGCAUCACUGUUCUCAAGGCAGCUCCAGGUUGCACGUGUCCAGGCAAUCUGCACUUGCAGCUUGAAAAUCUGUCAGAUUUAGCACGUCAGUGGCUAUGUGAGUGUAGUGAAAGACCAUGUAUGCUGCCUGGAAUAGCUCCAUGCCUGUAAAUCAGCGUGAUCACUUGAGCUUGGGCUCUUCUCCUUCAGAAGAUAAGGUAUGGGUUUUCUCUGAUUUUUUACUGAUGUUGUUAUACUUGGAUUGCACCAUGUGAGCUUAUACCAAAGACUAUUUUAUUUGCUUUUUGAGAAAAACAGUUUCAAAGGUCUAAACCAAUUUGUGGUUCUGUUCAGGUGCCAGUGACAUUCACAUUUUAGUAAUACCUUCCACUUUUGGUUCAAGUGAGAGUAAGGAUUCAAUAAAGAAAUAAUGAUGUGGUCAUUCA